AAACAGUCAAACAGAGUAGUACUACGUACGUUCGGCAGGCCAUUACACUACGCAUACAGAGGAGCGGGUCUGGAAGAGAAACACCCACUCCUGCAUGCUGACACGUGGCCCCACCGCUCACCAAAAUUUGGCGGUUGUGCUGCCACCAAAUGUUCUGCAAACCCAAGGGCAUUUCCGUCAUUCCAUAGCAGAAAAACCCUAACCUCUAGGGGUUUUGUGCAUAUCCACUGGGCACUCUGUCGGCUCCUCUCUCUCUCCCUCUCUCUCUCUGUUUUGCAUUUUUUUUUUUUUGGGCAUGUUGGUUUCUAUUUAGUGUAUCCCUCUCUCCCUCUCUCUCUGUUUUGGGUCUUUUUGAGCUUGGGUUCCUUCGUUUCUGUCAUCCAGUUACUCACUCUCUCUCUCUCUGUGCAAGAUUUUUUAAAAGUGGGCUUUCUGGGCACGAUGGAUCUCACGGAAAAGGAAUCAUUGUGUGUGGGUAUGAUGAGUGAGAACAAGAAGUGCUGCUCUGAUUGCAAGACCACAAAGACCCCCUUGUGGAGAGGUGGGCCAGCUGGACCCAAGUCACUGUGUAACGCUUGUGGGAUCAGAUACAGGAAGAGGAGGGUUUCUAUGGUGGGUUUUAGCAAUGUGUCAUGGAGGAAAAGGGACAGAUCACAAGGUCAUGGUACUACUGCCACCACUGCUGCAACCACAUCAUCUACUGCUAAAGCUGAUGGUGAUGGUGAUGGUGACAGAGAUCUCAGCGAGUCUUUGAAAACGAAAUUAAUGGCAUUGGGGAAGGAUUUGUUGUUGCAAAGGUCACCAUCAGUGAUGAAGAAACAGAGGUGCCAGAGGAGGAGGAAGCUGAAGGAGGAGGAACAAGCAGCUGUUUGUUUGAUGGCACUGUCCUGUGACUCUGUUUUUGCCUAAAAGGAAGAAAAAGAACAAACGGGAUAAAGAUAAACAAGACAGCCUAGACAGAGACCCUAACCAACCAACCAACAAAUAUACCUUUUGUUGUCUUUUGGCUUACUUUCUUGUAUUUUUAAUUUAAUGAAAUGUAGCAAAAUACCCUUGUUCAUGUUAUGUGGGUAUUUCAAAUACAGAAUAGAAUGAAAGCGAUAGGGAAAUUUAGGGUUUUGGUUGAAGCCUGAAGGAAUGAUGUCCCUGCUUUUGGUAAUAUUUCUUUCGAUUAUAUUGUAAAUAAACUCGGAAGUAAUGGUAUAUGAUCUUUCUUUCUGGAAUGUUCCA